GCAGUGUACAUGCUAUAGUUAUCGAGCGUCGUGUAGUUGGCGCGCAGUCGUCAGUCCGUCGCCGAAGUAGACAGAGAUCGCGCUUCGCACAUCGACUGGCCUGUCGACACUCUAAUAUUCGGUACUUAUCUGCAUUCUUUCUCUUGUUGCUUUUUCUGCACGACAAUUAUAUCGCUGGUACGUAGGGCGAAAGGCGGUUUACGCCGUAUUCGAAUUUUUACUGCGCCUGUCGUUCGAGCGAAUCGCUUUCCGUCGUUAUUGCUCUGUUAUUGUUGUUCGAUUAUGAAACGCUUCGCUGAAACUUUACAAUUGUGGAGGUGCAUAUAUGCCGGUGUUGGAUGCCUCGAGAAUUAAGUGAUACGCGCUGACCAAGCCGGAUUAGUUGAAGAUCUUUUUUUAGCACUGCGCUUUAGCAACGCUCAUACAAUCUCCAGCGAAUUCCGGCGCUCGGUUUUUUAAGGUCAGCAAUUCCAACUAAAUAGCUGGUUAGAUCAAAAUAAAAUUUUGAGAUAAUAGAAACAGCCAUGAACGCGAUAAUGCGACGAGCGCUUCGCACGGCGAUAAAACUCGAAGUUGUGACUCCCAAUGUCAUCAAGAUACAGUCGAGAUGCAUGUCAAAUGCGGCCCAGGCAAAGGUCGUCGAAGGAACAAACGGUGAGAAGAUUAUACCGUCACCUUACGGUCAGCUAACUUAUCCAGAAAUGAGAAUAUCGGACUACGUGUGGGAAUCUUUGCAGGAUUAUUCUAAUAUGGUUGCACUGCAAUGCGGCGUGACGAACAGAAAGUACACUUAUGCCCAGGCUCGCGAUUACGCGAAUUACGUGGCAAGAAGUUUGCUUGACAUAGGCGUCAAGCCCGGUGAAGUGGUAGCUCUCAUACUCCCAAACUUACCAGAAACCGCUAUUGCUUUCCUCGGAUGUUUGGAGGCUGGAAUCGUUAUCACAACGGUUAAUCCUAUUUACACUGCCGAUGAAAUUGCCAGACAGUUGAUUUCGUCUGGCACGAAGGCUGUUAUCACUGCAGCAGAGAUAUCGUCGACCGUUAUAACUGCAGUAAAUAAGAGCAUACCUGGAGGCAGAGUUAUCGUUGUUAAUGAUCACACAAAACCGAUUCCAGAUGGCGUUAUUCCAUUCGAGGAUCUAAUCACGAAAGGAAAAACAUUGGCUCCUCUACCCGAUCGUCAGUGGUCGUUAGAUGACGUUGCAAUUUUGCCUUAUUCGAGCGGCACGACUGGUCUACCCAAGGGCGUCAUGUUAACGCACAGGAAUAUCGUCUCGAAUGUGGAAAUGGUCAAAAAUACAGUAGAUAAACAUAUGAUGAUAAAGGCUGAUGGAUCUUCCCAGGAAAUUGUUCCUGUUGUCCUUCCAAUGUAUCACAUAUACGGAAUGAGCACUAUUAUGCUUUCAAGGCUCUCAAUCGGCAGUAGACUCAUCACUCUACCGAAAUUCACUCCAGAGUCGUACAUAAAAGUUUUGGACGAAAAUAAGGUAUCUGUGUUGAUGCUGGUACCACCCAUUGUUUUAUUCCUGUCAGCCUCGAAACAUGUUACAAGGAAGCACCUUGAAAAUGUUACAAGCAUCACCAGUGGGGCAGCACCUCUAUCUAAAACUGAUGUCGAUAAAUUUUACGAUAAAUUUAACGUCGAUCGAUCGAAGACUCAAUUUGCUCAAGGAUACGGUUUGACGGAAUCGUCUCCUGUGGCGCUUUUUGAAAAAUCCGGGGUCAAGUUCUCGAGCAUUGGGAAACCAGUUUGUGGCAGCGAGGCGCGUCUAGUGGACCCAAUCACGAAAAAAGAUGUACAUUCGCCAGGACAGACCGGCGAAUUGUGGAUUCGUGGACCACACAUAAUGAAGGGUUAUCUGAAAAAUCAGAAGGCAACAGAGGAAACGAUUGUCGAUGGUUGGCUACUUACCGGCGAUAUUGCCUACUAUGAUGACGAUUUAGAUUUCUACAUUACCGACAGACUCAAGGAGCUUAUCAAAGUCAAAGGUUAUCAAGUUGCCCCAGCCGAGCUUGAAGCCCUUUUAAGGACACAUCCAAAUGUCGAAGAGGCUGGCGUUAUUGGAAUACCCGAUGAGAGAGCCGGUGAAGUUCCUAAAGCUUUUGUUGUAUUAAAGAAUAAAGGGGAAACCAAACCAGAAGAGAUUCAGAACUUUAUCAAGGGUAAGGUUUCAGAGUUUAAGGAGCUCAGGGGAGGAGUUCAAUUUAUUGACACUCUGCCGAAGAACCCGUCAGGAAAGAUAUUGCGCUCCAAACUAAAGCAAGACUACUGUUAGCAAGAUUGUGAUACUGAUUGGAAAAUCAUUGCUCUGGAUUAAGAAGAAGCGAAAAAAGCAUUAAGAAAGUGCUUUAUAAAUAUAUUGCGGAAAUGACUUUAUAUACAACAUUUUUUUAGUGCGUUUACUGUACUAUAUAGUAUUAUUAACUGACAGGUUACAAAGAGGAUUUUAUGAGAAUUGUUACUUUUUGUAAAUAUAUAUACAGUGGUAGUAUCUAUGAAACUUUUUAAGGGAAUCAACUUUUUAUAUUUUACGAAAAUGCGCAAAUCACAUAGAUUAGAACAAUACAUGAUAUUAAUAAGUGAUAAGAUUUGUAAAUUUAUUAUAAAAGCAGUCACUGUAAAUAUUGAAUUUGAUGUUCAAUUUUGAAUUUUCGUGAUAGAAAAAUAAUUCAUUUAUAAUAUAAUUAUUAGUGAUACAAGAUUUCAUGAAAAACUCGGAUGUCAAUAUUUUUCUAAAAAAGUUAUCGUAUUUUAUACCAACAACUAACAAGAUUCGCAGUUUUAAACGUUGUACAGAAUUCUGUUAGCAUAAUCAAAUUAUAUGAUUUCACGUUGAAAUGUGAUAUAAUUACAUUAUAACAAAUUGCUACUUCAGUACAUCGAUUCUACAACGUCUGGGCAAAAAAUUGUGAUGCGGAUUUUUAAAUGUGCAUAUACAUGUAUUUACUGUAUUAAUAUUUGUAAUAUAUAAACUUUUAACGACAAAAAUCCUGCCACUCAAAAGUUUCAAAAACGAACUAAUAAAUAACGGUUCCACUGUUA